AUGGACGACAAGAAAGAUUCCUUCUCCUUUCCUGGUAUUGGAUUGGUUCCUUCUCAUGUAUUGAUGGGUAUACAACAAGGUGCUGCUGCCUUGCCUUUAUCCCCACUUGGAGAAGCUUGCCUAAGAAUGGAUUUGACCGCCAUACACGAGAUCCUAGAAAAGCUUGGGUAUAAAGAUGACGAGGGAGCAGCAACUGAGCUUUCCUUCCAGAUGUGGACGAAUCAGAUGCAGGAAACAUUGAACACUAAGAAGAAGGGUGACAUUGCUUUCCAGCAUAAAGAUUUUAGGGCUGCAAUUGAAUGCUACACACAGUUCAUUGAGGUUGGAACCACGGUUUCCCCAACAGUUUUUGCUCGACGUAGUCUGUCAUAUCUCAUGAGUGAUGUGCCCCAGGAAGCCCUUGAUGAUUCAGUGCAGGCACAAGUUAUAUCCCCCGUUUGGCAUAUUGCAUCGUAUUUGCAAGCUGCAGCGCUUUUCGCUUUAGGAAGGGAGAAUGAGGCCCAAAUUGCACUCAAAGAGGGUUCUGUCCUUGAAGAAAAGAGGAAUAUGAUUUCCUGACAAUACGAGAGAGAAAAUCCAAUGCGAUCUCUUCUCCUCCUCCUCAAAUUGCCGCAAUCUGGGAAUAACCCACAUCAAACACGAGUUUUCUUGUUUUUCCGGGAGAAAGGUCAAACGAUUUUCAACCUCCAAAGAAACAUAGAUUGAUGGAAACAAAAGGCUACAAGUCCUCCGCAUGCAUGACUAUUUGGUUUGGUUUUGUUGAAGCAUUCUUUUGCAACAUUAUUGGAGUGGAUUAGUUCUGGCCAGCUUUGUGGAAGGUCGGAGAUGCUUCCCUGGUAUUUAUUGUUGGCAUUUUACUGCCCUUUCCGGACAAUUCAAUCUUUCCAAAUAAUUUAGACAAACAAGAGAUUAUAUGUUCAUAGAGGGACUGUCAAGGAAACGGAAAAGGGUAGUAGAGAAUUUUGCCAUGCUGUAAUUUAUGUACAGAGCUACAUGACUUCCUCAGCCUCAUUGAAAUUGGCCUUUUUUUGGUUUUUGUGAUCCUAUUGCUGGUUGUUUCUUGUUUAUUGGUCUAUAUUUUGGGCAUAAUUUGUAUUUAUCACAUGAUUGUGUACUCAGAUCUUUAAUCUGUCAAAUGAUACAUCAUUUUGAG